UAGAGUGUCACUAUUUACUUAUACUUUCUAACUGACAAGUUAUUGGACUUCAGCGCUUUAACACUAUGAGAGAUUUAAUAGGUUUAAUUUGCUGGCACUCGGCGAAUGUUGUCCUUCUGCGCCCCCUGCUGUUAGCAGUUAGAGCUGCAUUCGCGUAUUUUACCACUUCCGGCGAGGAACAGAGAAGCCCGGAGCAUGCGCACACCGCAGAGUCAGACUCGUUGUGUGAUGUGGAUGGAGUCAGAGUCAGACGGACUGACAGCUCUGUCACUGAGAACUUUCAUGCCAAUCUGGCUGAAGCUCAGAGGAAUUAUGAAGAAGCAAUAAAGACCAUUGCUCAGCUAACGAAGGAGAACUCUGAACUGAGCUCCUAUGUGAACUUAUUGGAAGACACAGUGAAGGAUCAAGAAAAAGAGCUCCGUGAAUCAGUGGAGAACUGGAGCUUAAUGACAAAUGAGCUUAAGCAGGAGAUGAUGGAAACUUUAACACACAACGAGAACUUGCAGGUUGCUUUGGCUGAAUCUGAUGAAAAAUGCAAUAAGUUUAUGGAGACCAGUGCUCGGCUAGAUGCCAAUAUCUUCGAAUUGAAAUUGGUCAUGGAAUUUUACAAAGACAUUGUGCAUGAUUUGGAGGAAGAGCUCAGUGAGGCACAAAAGACGUAUACCACGAUAACAAAGGAGCAGGAGCAUGAUGUGCAUUGUGUCUUGAAGUCCGAAUAUGAAGUGAAGACAGAAACCUUUGAACAAAGCGAGUCACUAAAGGUCGCUUUGGCUGAAGCUGAGACUAAACACAAACAGGUGAUGGAGUCCAAUGCUCAGCUACAGAAAGAAAACACCAAACUGAUAAUGGACAAUGAGGUGCUACAGGACUGCUUGUGCGAGUUGGAGGAACAGCACCUUGAGGAUCUUGAGGAAGUAGAAGAAGCUUACAGAUUUUUGCAGUUAAAGUAUGAAGAGGCUUUAACACAACGUGAUGAGUCACUAAAGGGUCCUCUGAACAAGAAUGUGGAGAAGACUCAGGAGAAUGAAGUGGCCAGUGCUCUAGUGGACAGUGAGAGGUCCAAACUGGAGGAGAGAGUAAUGGAGUUGGAGGAACUGCUCCAUGUUAAGCAAACAGAGUGUAAAAAAAAAACUGAGGAGUUGCAGACCAGGCUGGCGAAAGCUGAGAGGACACAUAUGAAUGUGAUACAGGCCAAUGCUCAGCUAAAGGAGGAAGUCUCUGACCUGAGAUCCCAGGUGGCCAAACUGCAAGACUCAGUAGAGCAGAAAAAUGAUAAGCUCAGUGAGGCAUACAUGAAGUUUAGUGUGAUAAUACAAGAGCUUGAAGAGGAGAGAAAGGCUCAUAGUAUCACCGAAUCACAGUACUUAAAGUUAAGGAAAAUGCCAACAGAGAGCGAGGAGACACUUAGGGUUGCUCUGGCUGAAGCUGAGUCUAAAUAUGAGCAGGCGAUGGCAUCCAAUGCUCAGCUAGAAAAAGAGAAUGCCAAACUGAUAACUGACAGUGAGGUUCUGCAAGACUAUGCGCGCGAGUUGGAGGAACAGCACCUUGAGGAUCUUGAAGAAGCAGAGGAGGCGUACAGAUUCCUGCAUUCAAAGUAUGAAGAGGCUUUAAAACAGCGUGAUGAGUCACUAAACGAGUGUGAGCGUGUUCCACAGUGUGCAGACAUCAAAGCACAGUCAGAUGAAGGAAACUGUUUCCCACAGUGAGGAGUCUGUAAAGGUUAACCUAUACUCCAUGGCACUUAGUGGUGGAGGUGUUGUUUUUGUGAUUUUUCUUGCUGAAUGAUCAGUGGAUUAUAUUUGUUGGGGGUCAUGAAAAAGUGAUGUUUAUGUUGGGUACUAGCAGCAAGCACUACACCCUUGUUAGCAAGUGAUUCCAGAAUAUCCAUUUUGUUAUCAUACUGCCCCUGGUGGUUGGAAAGGGUGAAAAGUAACUGCCUCUAAUAUGCGGGUGCUCACAAAGAAAGAUGGAUGCAAUAAAACACUGACAAAUAUGUAUUAUUUUUAUCCUUGACCUUAUCAACAUAAUUAAAUGUAUUACAUUAAUUGUAGUGUAUUACAUAAAUUAGUUUAAUGUAUUUUAAUACUAUA